CGUGAACGAGACACAGUCAUGCUGGGAGUUCUCCUCCUUCUGUCCCUCUCCUCCCUGGUGGACUUGGUGCCUCCCCCGAGGUCUCCCCCUGUCCUCUGCAGGCACUGCUGUGAUGACCUGGAGCCAGCAGAGGGCAGCGGAGAGCAGCCCACCACAGCUGGGUUCGAUCAUGUGCCGGAGGUCCGCACCUACAUCAACAUGACCAUCCUCAAAGGUGAUAGAGGAGAACGAGGCGACAGAGGAACACCUGGUAAAGCUGGACCCGAAGGCCCCCCGGGCUCCAGGGGGGCCACGGGCUCAGAAGGCACUAAGGGCCAGGCAGGUCUUCCAGGAGACGCCUGUAAAGUCCAGCACUCGGCCUUCUCCGUAGGCCGCCGCAAAUCCCUGCACAGCCUGGAGUCGUACCAGGCGCUGGUGUUCGACACGGUCUUUGUCAACCUCGACGGCCACUUCAACAUGUUCGAGGGCAAGUUCCUCUGCCACGUCCCAGGGAUCUACUUCUUCAACGUCAACAUCCACACGUGGAACUUCAAGGAGACGUACGUGCACAUCAUGCGGAACGACAAGGAGCAGGCCAUCGUGUACGCCCAGCCCAGCGACCGCUCCAUCAUGCAGAGCCAGAGUCUGCUGCUGGAGCUGGAUCUGGGCGACGAGGUGUGGGUCCGAAUGUACAAGAGGGAGAGGGAGAAUGCCAUCUACAGUGACGACGUGGACGUCUACAUCACUUUCAGUGGAUACCUCGUCAAAGGGAGUGUGGAGGACUGAUGAGUGAGAGAGAAGAAGAGCUGAGGAUGUGACUGUCGGGGAGAAGAACCUUUGCUUUUUGGAGAAGAAGACGUCCAGCUUGUUCCACAUAAAUCUCUCUGACAAAAUGUGAAGUCAACUUAAUACACUCAUCACCACAAUGGACACCACAAAGUGCUAGAAGUAAGAAAGUACUCGUACAGGGCCUGAUCUAAAGCUGCCUGUUUGAAAUGGACUGUUUUCUUAAGCUACUUCAGAAUGUAGUUUUAAA